GGAAGUAGCCAUUCACAGCAGGGAAUUAUCCAGCGAGUCAAACAUAUAUAGCUAGCUUAAAUCUCUGCUGACGAUUCUUCAGCCAAAGCAGCAUCUAUGUUUUUAUGAUACCUGCUAAGGAAUGGCAUCAAAAACUCUUUAUUCGCAAAGGGACCCAAUGCUAAAGAGAGAUGGCUUUGAAGACAUUUUAGAAGAGAGGAGAAACUCCAGUGACUUGAAGUACGCGUUGAGGUGCUAUGCACCGGUUCUUUACAAGGGAGUCACUCCCUGCAAAGCAAACAUGCUCAAGAAUAUCGUUCUCCAAUCUGAUCAGCUACACUAUGUCAUUAAUCAAGUGUCACAAGAGUCUGGCGAGGCCCCUGACAUCAUCCAAGAAGAGGCCUCUGUCAUUCUGGAGGAGAUGGCCCACCGGCUCCAGAUCAGCACCGUCCGCUUCUUUGCCUUCGCUCUUAGUAAGGCCUUCAAAACCCUCUUCCAACAUGUCUGUGUCAACGAGGAGGGCAUCCAGAGACUCCAACAGGCCAUCCAGGAGCAUCCGGUGGUGUUGCUCCCCAGUCACCGUAGUUACAUGGACUUCCUGUUGAUGUCCUACAUCCUAUACACCUAUGACCUCGCCCUGCCUGUCAUCGCUGCAGGCAUGGAUUUCAUGGGGAUGAAGUUUGUUGGUGAGAUGCUCCGGAUGUCAGGAGCGUUCUUUAUCCGGCGCUCGUUUGGAGGAGACAAACUGUACUGGGCUGUGUUCUCAGAGUAUGUGAAGACCAUGCUGAGGAAUGGAUUUGCACCUAUUGAGUUCUUCUUAGAGGGUACAAGAAGCCGAACAUGCAAGUCCCUCACCCCUAAAUUAGGAUUACUGAAUAUCGUGAUUGAACCAUUCUUCAAAGGAGAAGUGUUUGAUGUCAACCUAGUGCCUGUCAGCAUCAGUUAUGAGAGGAUACUAGAGGAAUCUCUCUAUGCCAGAGAGCUCCUGGGAGUGCCCAAGCCUAAGGAGUCCACCUCUGGACUGUUGAAAGCCAGGAGAAUCCUCAGUGAAGACUAUGGCAGCAUUCAUGUGUACUUUGGCCAACCAGUGUCAGUACGGAGUCUGGCCCAGGGCAAGGUCAACCGCUCUACGUACAACCUUUUCCCAAGACACAUCCCUAGGAAGCCCAUGGAGGAGACCCAGUCAUUUGUGAAUGACACUGCCUACAGGAUAGUGCGUCUGCAGGAGGACAACAUGGUGCUGAAGCCCUGGGUCCUGAUGGCCUCCCUCCUCCUGCAGAACCUGGAGGGCCUGGAGCUGUCUGUGCUGACAGAGCAGACCGUCUGGCUCCGAGGCCUAGCCCUGUCUUAUGCUGCCUUCCUGGACUGGCCUGACCAUGCUCCCACAGCGAAGGUGGUGUCGUCCAGCCUGGCUCUCCACAGGGGCUUGGCCUGUGUCUCAGGGGGCCGGGUUAGUCUGGUGGUAGGGGAGCCCCUGGGCCCGGUGACCCCAGAGGAGGCUCUCUUUAACAGAGCCGUCAGCGUGCUCUCCUGUGCCUCCUACAGGAACCAGGUCCUUCACGUGUUCCUCCGGCCCGCCAUGCUGGCUGUGGCCAUGCACACUGCAGCCUCCUCUAAGAAGAAUGAAGUGUACAACUGCUUCAGCUUCCUUUGGGACAUGUUCUCCAAUGACUUCAUCCUCUGUCCUGGGGACACUGUCCAGGACUUUGAGGAGGCGUGUUACCUGCUGGUGAAGACUGGUGCUGUCCAGAUGCCGCAGCAGGACAUAGUGAUGACAGACAUAGGUCAGCCCACCCUCUCCUUCUUCAAUGGCCUGCUGGAACCAUUCCUACAAGGCUACCAGGUGGUGUGUCGGUACCUCUGUGAGGAGGCCAGUGAGGGCCUGACAGAGAAGCAGUACAUCAAUGCUGUCCGCAGCUUCGCUGUCAAACUCAUCCUAGCAGGAAACCUGAGGUGCUAUGAGGUGCUAUCGUCAGACAUGCAGAAGAAUGCUCUUGCCGCUUUGCUGCGUAUGGAUGCUGUAAGAAAGGUCAAAGUAGCUGAUCAAGUCACUCUCAUAGUGAACAAGAUGGCUGUGAACUCUAUAGACGAUAUACUGGGAGGCAAACUUCCCACUCAGAAAGCGCUCCUCGCUCGACUGUAGUUCACUCACUUCGCGGGCCAAUGAAAACUCUGGAGAGUAAACUCUGCCUUCAUUACCAUAAUGCCAAAUUUUCCAGGAGAGCAUAGCUUUGCUGACUACAAAGGUUGUUUGUCAUAGUUUUUUUUUAAAGGAACUUCACUGGUUUGCCAUCUGGGACACUGUUUUCACACACACAUGCUCUUCAAAGUUUUUAUAUGACAAAUAACACCAAAAUACUUAUUUUAGAUCUUCGCUCACACUAACUACGUGUCUGUCUAGAGACGUUUUACAUUUCCGAGGUUGCCAAAGUAAUUUAAAUAGUAACCAUUUUAAUUAACACGUUUUGUGCAAUCCCGUUGUUUUCUAACACUGCUUGGACUCAUUAAUAUCUUCUUCAUUUGUUAUUUUGGUGUUAUGGCGUCUGAUGUGGUAUUGCUGCUUGUGUAGUCUGUUAGUGUUUGUUUUGUGUUUGUGUUGGUGUGGACUUCUCCCUUUCUCCUCCUCUGGGAUCGUUGCCUUUGUGUGUUUUUCAGAGAAAUCAUUGUUACAAAAAUGGGGUCGCAUCAUGUUGUUUACAGACCGAAUUGAGGAUACCAGCCUAUUUAUGCAACGUUAACACUGGGUAGAUAAGAAAUUGUAUUUACUAUAUUUUAUUAUAUCAUAAAAACCGAUUUGGAGUAGAAACACCCCCUCUCAUGAUCAAAGCCAAAGAGUUUGGGAUUUCAUCAGAUAUGCUGAUGGUAUAAUAUCCAAACAUGAGAGCCAUAUGUUGUUUACAUCUGUUUUAUACACAUGUGCAGCGCUACAUAUCCAACUGCAUCAUUGUUACUCUGAUAUAGGAUGCCUAUUGUGGAAUACUCAGUUACAUCUUAAGACCUAAGAUCACAAAGGUAACCUGACCACUGAGGAUUUGCCGUAAUCUCUCCUUUCCUAUACUUCCUGGUUUGUUUAUUGUGACCGAAGUAUGUUUCUGAACUGUUUUGAUAUGACUGUUUACAAUGCGGAUUUGACAAAAACAUGAAGAAUGUGACCAUUACAUUUACAUUUAAGUCAUUUAGCAGACGCUCUUAUCCAGAGCGACUUACAAAUUGGUGCAUUCACCUUAUGACAUCCAUGAUCUCUGUUACCAAGUGCAGCAGAUGCUUUGACUGCUGGUCUCCUGCCAAAGUAUACAUGUCUAUGUUACCCUACCAUUCUGUCAUGUAUAGUAGGGUGCAAUGUGUAUGUGUUUUUGAUGUGGAAUUAAUGUUGUUCUAACAUUAAUGACUACUGUUGCAGUAAUGUAACAUUGAACUAUAUGACAGUGUGUGGCAGUUAACUGUGAUCAAUGAUGCUUUUUGAAGUAAAUCUACAGGCAGAAUAAAGAAUUUGAAAUAAUGGUAGAUGGUCUGACUGUUCUGAGGACUAGGGGAAUGUUGUGGUUAUCUAUAGGCAGGAAUGUUUAUGACCUUCCCAUAGAUGGCAGGCUUGCUCCUCUUCUAUGAAAUGCUGUAGGUUGUUGAUUUCUAGGGAAGUAAUGUGGAUGGACGUGUCAUAUCAGGGAAGUAUUUUCCAUCAUGUUGUUUUGUGGUCAUGCUGCUGAGUAAGAUAAUACAGCCAGCAAAUCCCCUAGCUUCCAUCAAUUUUUGUCUGACAUACUGUUGGGUUCUCUAAAGUCACCACACUCUAUUUACCUUCUCAAUCCAGGCCUCUGAGCUCUUUUAACAGCUAUAUCAGCACUUAGAUUUUUUUUCUCAUGACAUGCUUUAUUUAAGGGGCAUGAACCAGAUUAACUCUGUUCAACUGAAGUGCUGCUGCUGGGGCUCUGUGGAAAACAGGUUAGGCCAGUCAGGUGGGUUUUCCCAUCUAUGGAAGUGCAGUUAAAAAAUAAAACAAUGUUUUUAACACCCAUCUUUGCUUUUCCUAUUACUCUGUGUGCUACUGGGAGUUGUGGCCUCAUCAUGAAUGUGAGAUAUAGUCACUGAAAUGGGUUGAUGCCUAGUAGUUAACCUUGGACAGUCUGAUUUCAUUAAUUUCAUUGAAUACAUCCUGCCUAAAUACAAACACCAUUAGCCUUGGCAAUUUGCAUCGUGGCGUAAUACCCACCUGAACAUAUACAGUGCAUUCGGAAAGUAUUCAGACCCCUUCACUUUUUCCACAUUUUGUUGUUUUACAGCUUUAAUAUAAAAUGUAUUGAAUUGUUUUUUCCCCUCAUCAAUCUACAUACAAUACCCCAUAAUGACAAAUCAAAACAGGUUUUUAUACAUUUUCAAGCUGUAUGAAAAAUAAAAGCAGAAAUAUCACAUUUUA